AUGGACAAUUCCUCCUCAUCUUUCGAAAAUGUGUUUACGCAUGAGCCCCUUCCAGAUGCUGCCAAUUACAUUAGGCUACUCGAAGUGCUGGACGAUAACUACUCCGAAACCAUUAAGGUCAGGUGCAAACUCACCAUAUGGCCAAUUGACAGCGUACCAUCGUACCGCGCCAUCUCCUAUACGUGGGGAGAUCCCGAGUCCAAUACCUUUAUUCUCAUGAAUGAAAAGACCUUACAAGUGCGGACGAAUUGCGAGUUUGCCUUAAAACAAGCCUACUGGUAUAAGAAGAAACGUUCUAAAUGGCCUCGGAAGAGUUGGUAUUACUGGGUCGAUGCCAUUUGUAUCGACCAGACGAACCUGGGGGAAAAAGGCAAGCAAGUCUCCAUGAUGGGCAGCAUCUACAAGAAGGCUUCCCAUGUCUUGGCCUGUAUUGGUGACCAUGCAGACGACAGCCUCUUCUUCUUUCAAAAGUUGUAUGGACUUAAGCGUCAUGUGGUACGGGUAAAGGACAUUGCCGGAUGGCGUGACCACCUGUGCAGUCACCCUGGCAGUAUUUCUACCAGGUUCCGUCUAGUGCACCGAUUCUCGACGACCAAUCGUUUUGUCCUUGCCCUGGCUCGUCUGGCCAUGCGGCCAUACUUCAGUCGCCUGUGGAUCCUUCAGGAGCUGCAAAAUGCCCAAAACAUGACCAUACUGUGCGGCCAAUUUGUUUUGCGGAAAGAGGACGCAAGAUCCUUGUUUCGUGAAAUGUACGAAUGUUGCUCAACAGACCACGACUUGAGUCUCUCGAAAGAUGACUACUUUUCACGGACGCCAUGGGGCUGCUACACAAAGUAUUUAGACGUCAAAUUUCUGCGGAGAAUGGUAAAUCACGGUCUUCCUCAUCCCUUGAGGCACGGCGAGUGGCUUCAUGACGUACCACGACGCUGUAUCACCAUAUUCGACAUGAUGAGAACAACUGCAUUGCAUUCAGAUCACGAUUUGUUUGUAUUGCUUGAAACCAUUGUGUGCCGGUUACAAUGCGCUGUGCCAAGGGAUAAAGUGUAUGGGAUCAUUUCCUUAAUUGAAUGGGGCGACGUCGCGCCUCCAACACCAGACUACGCGCAAAGCGACCUUAACGUCGCUGUCGACUUUCUCGAGGCGGUCAUGAAGCUUUGGAAGACUCGGGCAGACUACGCACACUCACAAAUAUGGCGCUACCUUGUCAUAACCACAAGAAUGCUGAAUCUUGACACCGAAUCUCAAAGCUUAAGUGACGCACUCAAAGCGCGUCGCAGUCCCCCUAAAGAUUGCGCUUUAAGCGCAGCAAAACCGCGCUUUGAAGAUUCGAUAAUACGCCUCCCGGCGCCCGGUUGGCGUCUCCUAUCUGAGGAUAUCGACAACAGUAGCUCCAAACUACGAAACCUCCGGCUUCCGCCCCCUGAUUACCGUGAUGAUUGUCUGUUAUUGCUACCUCGAUGGGCUAGAGCAGGUGAUUGGGUGAUCGAGGUUGGGUCUGAAUCUUACAAGGACUUGUGGUACAAGACACAUGAUCUUCGGCAUAUUCGUCCCCCUACUUACACAGCGGUACUCAUCAUGAGAGAGGGGACUGAUGGCCAUUGCAAUACUUUUAUCGGUUAUGGCUUCUACGCAACUAUGGAUCCCUCCAGCUAUCCUUGUUUCAAGCGAGCAUUCGAGACACAUGUCGACAUUUACUUGGAUAUAGAAGAUGGGAUGAUAUUUCUGUUGAGAAUGAAACAGCUGCACGAGCUGGAAAUGGACAGCGACUCAACGGACUGGGUGGUAGACUUUCUGGACACUGGUGUUUGCAAGCCGCAAACGCCUGGUUCGUCUUACGCCAUACUAUCACCAGAGGCCAAGCUCCCCGUUGAGACAGUAAUAGUCGACCCCUGGUCCGAGCUCAAAAUGCCGGAACAAGGAAAUUACACACUUUAUUCUCUGAAAAGCUUCUUCUUCGUUCUCUGGGAUACGAAGUACCGCCGCGGCUGGUUGGUCAAUGGCCACGUCGCUGCUUUGCAUCUUCUGCGGGCAUAUCUCAAGAACAUAUCUCAGGCAAAGGAUUUCGACUUCUCCAGAUUAGAUCACAGUCUCUAUAGCCCGUCAGCGGCACACGAGUUGCUCAGCGACCGCGACUACAUGAAAACCCCUCUACCCAGAGUAGUCAAGGCUGUCAAAGAGAAGUCCGAGCAUGGUGAACCAUCUAAUGACCAAGCUGGGGUCGACAAAAAGCUUCUUGGUGAAGUGUUAAAUGGCUUCUAUGGAAUUCUCCUGAAGAUGGCCGAAUCUACGGAAGCCAUGGACGCAAAUGGCAGGCUCUCUGAUUGCUUUCAUAAAUUUAAGAGGACACGAAAGGAUGUAUCUGUGAAUGGCUGGGACUUCCAGCGGAUAUACUGCGGCAACAAAGCAGAAGUAUGUGUCAACAAGUUCGACAAAGAGCCAGUCUGGCUAAGCUUCGUGAGAGGCUCGCUUGGUAGCUCUCGAUCGGGCGCAGCUUUCCUGUUCGGAAGCAAUUUCGGUGAGAUCAUGAAGUCAGAUGAUAGCCACUGCUGCCCUUAUUUCGAAAGCCUUCCUGCAGGCCAAGACUAUCUGGCGGUCAGUAUGCACACCAUAUAUUGGCUUGUGGAAAAAGGGAGCUCCCAUGAUAAGCCCGAGGAGAGUGCAGCCAGACUGCAGCAUAUCGGUGAAAUUGCCUGGAAGCGUCAUCUGAGCCCCUUCCAUCAUGCGCAUGGCCAAGUCUUCCGAUGCUCCUGGACCCCAUGGUCCUACCCCGAAUUCAACUGGUCCGGCAGCAACAACUUCGGCCACAACCUUUGCAGAGAUGAUACUGGAGCCAAAAGAAGUUGGGUGGAGGGCCAGAGUCCGGCUGAGGUGGCCACGGGGCUGGGUUGGAAGAUUGAAUCAAAUCAUCAGAAUACAUACUGCAACAGUAUCGGGCGACAGAACACUGGAACUCAAUCCCGCAAGCAAGAAGAAUAG